AUACUAUCCCCGAUUCGGUCGAUGGAUCAGUAGCAGUUCGCGCCUCGUACAGUGUAAACGCUUCUUUAAUAGUCGUCAAAUCGACUUAUCUCUAAAUCUGUGUGGUCGUCGAACUGAGUCGUCAACGUUAUUCAACUUGACAAAGCAAUAUAUUGUGUGGGCUGACUGUUUGAGAUCUCAAUAACAUUUCCUGGACACAGGUUUGUCACAAUUUGGUGAUAUCUGUCUACAAAACUACAUUACACCAAUAUCAGAAUAUGACGAUAUUUUUAUGAAAUCCCAUCGGAGGUGGGGUUGUUCGAGCUUUAUUGAAUGUAAGAUGAUAGAUCGUUGACAAAGUAACAAAGAAAAACAUGGAAAAACAAGCCGCCGCUAUGGAGAUACCUGCUCCAAUUGAGAACUUCAAUGAGACAUCGGAAAGUCCCAAGACACAAGAAACGGAGUCCGCCAGGAUCAAAAAAGCCGAAGUGCGUGACAUAAUUGUCAAUGAGAUGCAAGGGCAGAUGCAGGAAAUCAGACAAGACAUUUUGGAGAUUGUGAGCAGCCGAAUGAAUGACAUGAUAUCGGAAGUAAUGCGCAAAAUCAAUUCGAAGGAGUUGAAAGAUCUGCUGGACUCGAAGAAUUACUCUAAUAGAACGAAACCGACAAAAGAGAACACAUUACGCAGCAAACAGUUUCUUCAAAGAAAUUCACUAUUGACCGACCUGUACGAGAUCAAACAUAUUCGCACGCUUUAUAAUGCGAUUGUAGCUAUGUUGAUAAUUCUGUUAAUACACACCGCUGUGUACGAUAUUCGACAUACAGGCUCGCCUAAUCUCGGCAUCAAGACGAUCCGAGCUGGCUUUGCCAAAUUUCCAAUAGUGCUUCUUAUCUGGUCCUUGAUGAAGAUCUCGGUUCUAGGAGUGUACGUUGCUUUCUGUUGUUGGGCAACACGUCGUCUCGAAUACGCGCCAAAUUCAGCGUUUGGCAAAAAAAUUUGGGACUACGCGUGGCUGGGAGGUAUCAUUCUGUAUCAAACUUUGCUCUUCAUGCUUCCUACCAGAGCUGUACUCGAUAACGACUUGCCACUGGCGUCCAGUAUGAUCAUUCUCAUGGAACAAGUUCGACUAGUAAUGAAGACUCAUGCUUUCGUAAGAAGCGUAGCACCAAAAUUUUUGUUAUAUAAAUCCCAUUCGGAGACACCGGUACCACAGCCACCUGGUUUUUCCAAGUACCUUUACUUCUUGUUCGCGCCAACUCUGAUUUAUCAAGACAGAUAUCCUAGGGCGAAAAACAUCCGAUGGAACAUCGUUCUGAACAAUUUUAUCGAAGUAAUAACGAUCAUCUUUUUCGUGGCACUCCUCUACGAACGAUUGUUGUACCCAAACUAUCGGGAUUUUGGAAAACAGGUCGAGCUGGGGACACUGACGCUCAAUGUUCUGAGCUCGAUGCUGCCCGGAAUUUUAAUGUUCCUUUGUGGAUUUUAUCUUCUCCUGCACUGUUGGAUGAACGCUUUCGCUGAACUGUUGCGAUUCGCCGACAAAAUGUUUUACCAAGAUUGGUGGAAUUCAAUCUGCUACAGCGCUUAUUAUCGCACUUGGAACAUCGUGGUCCACGACUGGCUAUACACGUACAUCUACAAGGACGUGUACGAGACACUGGCGCCAGGAAACAGGGUUCUAUCUACUUGCGCAGUGUUCGCCAUCUCAGCAAUCAUGCACGAGUACAUUCUCAGCUUCUCCAUCCGCUUCUUUUAUCCAGUUUUGCUGGUUCUUUUCGGUGGUAUUGGCCUGAUGGUCGUGUUCGUAUUGAAGUCAGCUGGAAAUAUAUUCCUCUGGCUCUCCUUGAGCUCGGGCAGUGGAAUAUUAGUUAGUUUGUACUGUAUGGAGUAUUUCGCCAGGAUCAAUUGCCCCUCGGCUCGAGACGAUUUCUUGGAUCUCCUUAUACCGAGAACUUGGACAUGUUUUUUUAAGUGAAUAAAUUUAAAAGAAGAAAAAAAAAAGAACAUGAGAAUACGACUAAUUUGAGUUUAAGUAAAAUAAAUGCUUUAGAUUAUAAUUGUAUGUAUGAUAGCAACAUGCUGUGCCGUGUGUCGAGGAAACUGGUUUGUAUGAGAAUUUUUUCAGAGUUUAUUCUCAAGUAUGUAAAUAUUGGAUUCCAAAGAAACAUUUCAAGUUUAUUGAUUGGAAUAAUUUGGAUUGCAAUAUUUUUAAUGGCGCGAAUAAAAGUACGGCGCCUAUAAUUGAAGCUAUAUAAAUUAGUACGAAUAAGUUAUGAAUUGUCUGAAACGAAAGUGAUAGAAGAUACAAUACAAAGUAUUGACUAAAAUUUAUGACAUUUUAACUUAAAAAGGAGAUUCAAGUGUAACGUGUAAUUGUAAAG